GGGGUUGUUUUUCACAAAGCUGCUCUUAAAGUGAGCUGGCAGCCUCCAGCCGCCCGUCUUUGUAAGGAGACCACUGAGACGAGCAGGAGCGCGCAGCAGCCUCCCUGCUGCCUUGACUUUUUAAGAAAUCUCAAUGAACUAUUUGUAGAGAAUCACUGGUCCUGCCUGCAAGAGUUUUGCACGGCAAAGACACCGAUCAGUGUUAGUGAAGAUCACAUUUUAUAUGCGGUCUUGACUUUUUUUUUUGGUCUUACAUUAUAUUUUUAUAGAUUUUUGUUAAAAUCAUGGUGCUGGGAAAGGUGAAGAGUUUGACAAUAAGCUUUGACUGUCUUAAUGACAGCAAUGUCCCUGUGUAUUCUAGUGGGGAUACUGUCUCAGGAAGGGUGAAUUUAGAAGUAACUGGGGAAAUCAGAGUGAAAUCUCUUAAAAUUCAUGCAAGAGGACAUGCGAAAGUACGCUGGACUGAAUCUAGAAACGCCGGCUCCAACACUGCCUACACACAGAAUUACACUGAAGAAGUAGAAUAUUUCAACCAUAAAGACAUCCUCAUUGGGCACGAGAGAGAUGAUGAUAAUUCUGAAGAAGGCUUCAACACUAUUCAUUCAGGAAGGCAUGAAUAUGCAUUCAGCUUCGAGCUUCCACAGACACCACUUGCUACCUCAUUCGAAGGCCGACAUGGCAGUGUGCGCUAUUGGGUGAAAGCCGAAUUGCACAGGCCUUGGCUUCUACCAGUAAAAUUAAAGAAGGAAUUUACAGUCUUUGAGCAUAUAGAUAUCAACACUCCUUCAUUACUGUCACCCCAAGCAGGCACAAAAGAAAAGACUCUCUGUUGCUGGUUCUGUACCUCAGGCCCAAUAUCCUUAAGUGCCAAAAUUGAAAGGAAGGGCUAUACCCCAGGUGAAUCAAUUCAGAUAUUUGCUGAGAUUGAGAAUUGCUCUUCCCGAAUGGUGGUGCCAAAGGCAGCCAUUUACCAAACACAGGCCUUCUAUGCCAAAGGGAAAAUGAAGGAAGUAAAACAGCUUGUGGCUAACUUGCGUGGGGAAUCCUUAUCAUCUGGAAAGACAGAGACAUGGAAUGGCAAGUUGCUGAAAAUUCCACCAGUUUCACCCUCGAUUCUCGAUUGUAGUAUAAUUCGAGUGGAGUAUUCAUUAAUGGUAUAUGUGGAUAUUCCUGGAGCUAUGGAUUUAUUUCUUAAUUUGCCACUUGUGAUUGGUACCAUUCCUCUACAUCCAUUUGGUAGCAGAACCUCGAGUGUAAGCAGUCAGUGUAGCAUGAAUAUGAACUGGCUUGGUUUAUCCCUACCAGAAAGACCUGAAGCACCACCAAGCUAUGCAGAAGUAGUAACAGAGGAACAAAGGCGAAAUAAUCUUGCCCCAGUGAGUGCAUCUGAUGACUUUGAGAGAGCACUUCAAGGACCACUGUUUGCAUAUAUCCAGGAGUUUCGGUUCCUGCCUCCGCCUCUUUAUUCAGAGAUUGAUCCAAAUCCUGAACAGUCUUCUGAUGAUAGACCAUCCUGCCCCUCUCGUUGAAGGAACACUUGGUUGAAUCAAGUUGAUGUGGGUUCCGAACUGUAUCUCUUCCGGCUGAGGACAGAGAAGUAUCUUGGAGACACGUUUUCAGAGGAAGUGGAAUUGCUUUUGCCCAGAAAAAUGGCGAACACAUGAAACAACCAGUGAUCAUGCUUUAAACGCCUACUGCAACAUUCUGGGACUGCUCCAACAUGCUUGAAGAUCUAAGCUUUUCUCCUUUAAAACUGGCACAUACUAAGAGCAGUCUUCUUAGCCUAUGGUCAUAUGUGUCAAGACACCAUGUUGUAAAGAAGGAUGAUUUCCUUCUUUUGAUUUGAAAAUUUGCACAUGCUCAAUGCUUACAUUGUGCGGUUCGAUGUCACUACAGCUUUUUUUUUUUUUUCUCCAUUUAUGCCAGACUCUUGAUACUCUUUUAAAACUUGUUUGUGUUCAGCACAACAAGGAACAAAAGAAAGCUUUGAAAAAACUUUUACAUGAAAAAAACGCACUGACAUUUUUUUUUUAUUUAAUAUAGCCUGGACUUUACCUGCGUGUGCACAUGCUCAGAAUUGUCCUACUAGGCUGACCAUGUAUCACCUCUUCAGCUUGGAUCCUAUUGUGGAUUUAUUUACAAACAUCAAAUGCCUUCAAGCCAAUCCUUUUGCUGUAUGUUUUGCAGCCUACUGUAGUAGAUACGCAACAGAUGUGUGGGGGGGAAAAGAUAAGAGGAGGAAGCUAAUAAGAGACUGUCAAGAUUGUAUACCUUGGUUUCUUUUGAGAAUUUGUUGCCUUUCUACUAUUACAGCAAAGCAGCAUUUUGUUAACUGACUGCCUAAAAUCACUUAAUCUCAGGUGAACGCAUCACUUGCCAAACUGUUGGAAUGCUAUUUGUGUUUUGUUGCACUGUUGAAUUAUUUUUUUUGUUUCUUUGGUUGGCUUUGGGAGAGGGAAAUUUGGAAAUGGGACAUACACAAAAGUGAUAACCCACCCACAUCCCCUUUUUAUCAUUACAUACCAGAAGAAACUAGCAGAGCUAAGAAUGAAGUAAAGGCAGUAUGGCCGGCACCAGCAAAGAGUUAAAUGAGCUAUUGCUCUUAAAUUAUUUUUAUUUUAAAAGUAAUGGAAGUUUUCCAGUCAUUGGGGAAAGUGCAUUUAUUUUUAUACAGAGUUACUUAAUUACCUCCAAAACACAUACGUUGGAAAUCAUUUUUGCUGAUGUUCAGAAUAUUUUAAUGAGCAGGAAGAUGUAUGUUAAGGUUAUGAUGAGUGAGCUCUUUAUAUAUUUGCUGUGCCACUCAGGCAAGCUUCACAGAGUUUAAAAACCCAGUUGAUUCCAAAAGCAUGUAACUUCACAAUUCCAAACAUUAGUGUUUAGUGGGAAUAGCUUGUGUGUGUCUGUGUGUUUUUUUUUUUUUUAAAUGAAAAAUAUUUUCCGUUGUCUAAACAAUUCACUGAACACAAAGUCACUCCAGUAUACACAGGUAAAAUAAAGAACAAUCACAUCAAUAAGUGAUAGUUUAUUUUUUUAAGAUAAUUUGUGGUUAGAUCAUAACAAAUAUACCAGCAUUCAUAACAUUUAAAACUACAUUUUCCACAAAGUACUGAGUGGGCUGAUUAUUUUUUGAAAGGAUUUCAGCUCUGGUGUUUUUAAUGAAAAUCAGCACCUCUGAUGUUGCAACAUAUGUGUGAAAUGGGUAUCACAUCUAUCUUGCCGUUUAACCCCACAGUUAAUAAAGUGGCUGAAAAUAAUAGUAACUCUGGCUUGGUGCUUGACCUGGUUAAAUACUGUCUUAAAGCUUCAUACAAAAUAGGCUUUUCCAUAAGUGGCCUUUAAGAAACAUGGAAGACACUUCAUGUUUGAAAUAAUGCUGACAGGGUGAAGAAAGCCCAGUGUAAAAAUGAAUCGCGUUUUAAGUGAUUCGGUUAAAGGGUUUGGGCUCCCGUAGCAAAUUAAUACUAGAUAAUAAGGAAAUGGGGGUGAAGUAUUUUUUUAUUGUUAAAUCAUUUUGUGAAUGUCCCCCUCAAAAGAAGCUAAUGGAGUAUUUGGCAUAAGGGCAUUUGGUGGGUUUAUUUUUGGUUGGAGGGGAUUGUCAGAAAUCCCUUUUCUCUUACGUCUGACUGACUAGGGAGCAAUUACUGGUAUGCAUAGCAUUGGAAUACUUACCAGAUUCUCUUACAAGUAACAUUAAGCAAGAAUGACCAAUAUUCUCAUCAUUGGCACUGGGUCACAAAACGUGAUAAAACUUUAAAAUUUAUGAAACUUUAUUAAAUAAAGUUUUAUUUUCCUUACUAAAGUAUUUCUUUACUUUUUUGUUCAGAGGCAUUACUUUUUUCUAGAUAUUGGUCAAUUCCUGACAUAAGAUGUGAGGUUCACAGUUGUAUUCCAGUAUUCAAGAUAGAUUCCUGAUUUUUCAAUUAGGAAUAGUAAAAUCCAAAAUGUUAGCAAAACAAAGUGCAAUAUUAAAUGUUUGCUUUAUAGAUUAUAUUCUAUGGCUGUUUGUAAUUUCUCCUUUUUUUUUUUUAUUUGGUGCUGAAUAUGUCCUUGUAGGCUGUUUUAAGAAAACUAUGUGGGAAAUUAUUUCGUUUUUCCUAUUGCUCUUCCUUGUGGAAAAUAAAGUGGUUUUUUUUUUUUUUUUUGUAUAA